UUGUCAUUGCAUAUUCCGUUUGAUGGUCCGCCAACCCGAUCCCUCGCGAUGAACACAACGGUAAUCCCUGAAUGUAAGCAUGAGUCUACAUCGGAAUAUGGCGGUUGCAAUGAAAGUUUGUGAAUUAGCAUGUUUAAUUUUGAGCAUUUUAGUCCUCCAAGCCGUCAAUACAAGUCAAAGUGGUAAUCGUAACAAUCCUCUAGAUAAUGGUAGAAAAGUUCGGUUCCUGCAACCUGGAUCACGAGUCCGCGUUCUUCCAUGUGAGACUUCGGAUCGUCAGUUACAUAUAUAUUGUUAUCACGGUCGUCCGAAGCAGAUAAUAAACCUUUGGCAGACGGCUCUGUUGCAGUUGGAUGUCAGCAGUGAUAAGUAUGAUUUAUAUGAUGGUGCAAGUCCAAAUGAAGUGCUGGAAGAAUAUGAGCAGCAUCGAUCAUCUUGGGCUAUUAACCUUUUUUCAUGGAAGCACAAAACAAUAAAACUGAAUCCUUUCAACCAAAGUUGUGUUGGUAUAUACAGUUCAGAAGGGCAUGAAGUUCAUCUGAAUAUUAUAAGAAUUGAUUACUGGAGGGUCCUGCUUCAGUGUGCAGGAGUCCUACUGUUUAUCUCAGCUCACAAACUCAGUAAAAAUUCCCUCUUCUAUUACAUCAGUGGAAUCACAGUUGGAAUAUGUGCAUCUUUUCUCAUCUUGGUGUAUGUGAUAAGUAGAUUACUUCCAAAGAGACCUGUUAUGUAUGGAUUUGUGAUUGGAGGUUGGACAGUAGGAAUAUAUUUCCUUCAUCUUAUGUGGGAAAAUUUACGUCUCAUAAUUAUGCAAUACCAGAAUUAUGCGCUCUUCUAUAUAGUUUUCACAGGACUUAUAAGCUUUGUAGUUUGCUACCGAUUUGGCCCUGUAACAGAUCAGAGGAGUAAAAACUUGAUUAAAUGGACUCUGCAGGGUGCUUCACUAGGAAUGAUUUUCUUCAGUAGCCACUUCCAAGAGGCAACUGCAGCCAUCAUUAUUAUAAUUCUAGUAGUUUACAACUUUCCAGCAGCAUGGACUUCAAAAUUACUAGUUUAUUGGAAACGACGGUUUCCACCAAAGAUGAAACUGAUGACUGAAGAUGAAUACUAUGAUCAAGGGGUAAGGGAAACUGCAAAGGCUUUGGAUGAGCUUCGAGGAUACUGCUCUAGUCCUGACUGCAAUGCUUGGAAGACAAUGCUUAAACUCAAAGAACCUGUUAGGUUUGCCAAGUUUAUGGAUGGAAUCUCGCAUCUAAGUGAUGAUGAAAUAUUGGCUUAUGAGUCAGAAGGAAGACAAACUUUAACUGAAUACUAUACAGAUGAUGACUCAGAGUCAGGUUCUGAGUACUAAGGAGGCAAAGCUUCCAUAAAAUGCAAACUGUAUCCAGUGAAUCAAGUGAUAUUUGUUAUUAAUGAGAUUAGGAUAUUAAUUAUAAGCAACUUAUUAUUUUUAUACAAACAAGUCUUUCAUGUUUAUGGAGAGAUAUUUCAUUUGCUAUCAUACAGCUGUCGUUCAGGUUGUAAUUCUUUUAUAAGUAGUUAGGUUUUUGAAUAACAUAAGUUUUUAUUCUAUUAAAGUGAAUCAGGUGCUGUGUGUGUGUUUGUGUGCAUGUGUAUGUAUUGGUAUAAUAAGGCUGUAUAAAUGAUCUAGUUUUUAUGGA